AUGAAGUUCCCCUUCACUGCCUUCACCGCCUUCACCGCCUUCACCGCCUCCACCGUCGAUAUUUCUGCCUCCGCUCCUUCCAACCCCGAUGCCAAGCUCCAGCUCUUGCUCUCCUCACUCCGCGGCGAGAAUGCGUCAAUCACCAGAACUUCUGUAUUCGACAAGACCGAAGCAAUAUGA